CGAAGCCUGAGGGAUUGUUCACCAUCGGAUUGACGGCUGGCCAGGCAUGGGAGCUGCCCUCGAAGAGCACGCUGUCGAACACGUUCGGGGAUUACCAUCGUCGAAGCAGAAGGCAACUGUACCGUAAGAUGGAGCUUCUUUUGGGAAGGUUACCAGCGAGCUACGACAACACUGAUUCAAUGACCGAGUACGAGAGAGCUUACUUCCUAAAAGAGAAUUGCAACGAAGCGCAGCGGAGAUGUCCGGAUGUGUUCUAAGAGAGAACGAAAUCCUUCUUCUUAAUUUACCAAAUAACCAUGCCGAGGCUAUGGUGUCCAAAGAGGUUGCUCGAAGACACUCGAGUUACAUUUAAUUACGUACACCGCCCAAUGGCCGUACCUUGUGCACUGGCUAUUAGAUUAACGUCGAGAGCUUGCAAGUGAAACUAAUCACAGUGUCAUUAUAAUAUUUUCAUCUGUUUAUAAGUAAUGCGAAUAUAUGGAAAUUAUGCAUCGACAAUAGUGUUUGUUAGAAAUCUAAUGAAACUUUGCGUCGUUGAUCAAAUACAAAUUCUGUCACGAAGAUAUGGGGUAUACGUUGCACCGUUCUUGUGUCACAAGCCUUUUUGAAAUAAUAUUCUUGUUUACAAUCGUUUACACUUUCAAGGCUUGUAAAAUAUUGCUUUAUGAAACGAGAAAUCAGGUUUUACUCCAACGACUAUGCUCUGCAGAAUGACCAGUCAAUUUGACUGUUACUGAUAUAAGUAGCCAUGAUACAAAAUCACUUUCAUUCUAAAUGAAUAAAACAAAAUAAAAUUUUUUUAUUUUAAUAUCUUUAGCUAUCCCUGCAAAAGUUAUUACAUCAUUGCGGAGAAAAAAUAUAACAUGAAGUAGGAAUUUUAAAAUAAAGUUGUCAAAUCAGUCAUUUUGACUGGCGUGGUAGUUCUAGCGUUAAGACUUAAACGAUGAAAUAGCCGAUAAUUUGUUCUCUUUAUUAUGUUAUAUAAUUUAUUAUAUAAUUUAAUUAUAGUAUUUAUUAUUACAUUAUAUUAUAUAAUUAAAAUAAUAGAAUUUCGUGAAAGCUAAACACAUGAUUAUUAACACAUACGAUAUAUUAAUAUUACGAUGAGUAUUUUUACAAUUUUGAAGUCAAUGAAAAAAUACGGAUAUGUGUAUAUAAAAUAUUUCCAAAUAUUUUCAAAAACCAAAUAAAAGUAUAAAUUUUUUACAUGUUUAUCAUCGAAUGACUGUACUGAAUCUUAAAAUUAUUGCUUUAUAAAAAAAAAUAGGAAUUAUAAUUUAAUUUCUCUCUCUAUGGUCUUCGUUUGGUGAAAACGGAUACUUACAUCUAACUACAAUAAAGCUACUCAAGUUCUUUUCGAACAUCGAACCACAAAACGCCGAUAAUUAAUACGGUAAGUCGCCGAAGACGAUGCGAGUCGUGGGUAUUCAUUGAGUAAACGGUUAUCGGCGGAUUCAUUAGUCCUACGACAACACCGCGCGUAAGCUGGAAUAAUACCGUGCCGUGUGCUCGAGCGCGUAUCCUUCCGGGGAUUGAGGGCUGGUGCAUGGUUUCGGUAUUUUGCUUACAUGUACGCGUAUCUCGCGUUCGACCUCAAGCGCUGUGUGUUUGCACGCGCACACAUUCGCCGUAACGCAAUUCUCAUCCUUUGAGAACGGUAACCGAGGCUUACGUUCCCAUCACGCAUCAUUAACCCUUUUACUGCUAUGGCUCACAAUAUGAUACAUUAUACAUGCGAAAAAUGCCAAAAUGCAAAAGUUUAAAGUUGAUUUAUUAAAAGAAACCGAUUUUCACAGAUCUUGUCGGUACAUCGUUGUUUAGCGAUCUCGCAAAACGACCAACAAGAUCCACAGAAAUUUGAUUAAUUGCGCGUGUGCUUUUAAUGGUGUUAAAUAACCAGUUGAUUAAUAUGUAUGUUUAACCCACUGUACGUACGUAUGUGUGUAUCACACCCAAAGCAUACCAAUUUUUGUAUUAGGUUGUCCGGAAAGUGUCUUUCUUUUAGACACGUGUUUUACAACAACGCAUCUUUAUACAAACAUGAAACCUAAUCUGUCAAACGUUGUGAUCUUUAGUUUGAUAGAACAAAAUGGAUCAUACGUAAUUCGAUAAAAUAAUAUAAAACGGAAGAUGUUGUGUAUCCAUUAUUUCCUUAUAAAACGAAAGAAACUUUUCGGACGACCUAAUACAUUAAAUUAAAUAAAAUGUUUCUGUGUAUACAUAUUUGAAUAGCAGGUUUCACUGAAAUUUCGAUUCAGAUAGUUCACAAUUGGGACGAAAGAUUUUUAAGUCUUUGUCAUUUAACGUUCGAAGUGAACAAAUUUAAGAAUGAUCGUUAACGAAGCUCUUAAAUCAGUAAAAGACGACUACGGUGUAUAAAACAAUGCUGGAACAUUUUCAUUGGAAAUUUAUGAACUACCAUCGAAGAAAAACUAGCGAGUGUUUCGGCUUACAGGCCUUCUCGUGAGAUCAAAGGAUCAGCUAGAAUCUGUGGCCAUAAAUUGGACGCGUAUCCAUAGCUAUUAUCUUAGAAAAACAAUAGUAUCCGGUUUCACCCAGCCACUCGAUUGCUAUGCCUAUCUUCCUCAUGUCAUUUUUCCAUCGAACCCUUGAUCGAUUUUACUGUAUUUUCCCUAAAGUGCGUUCCAUUACUGUAGAAAUUUGUCCGCCGAAAUAGCUAAAGUAUACUUUACGUAUAGUUUAAGCGAAUCAAACGUUCGCAGUAUCAUAAGGCAGUUUUCCAUCCAUAGCCAGCUGCCGCGUUUUCCAGUUCACCGCGGAAGAAUUUCAAAUUGACAUUCUCGACUGUUGCGAAGAAUUCCCUAAGGGGUAGGUGGAUCUCCACCCCCAUAGCCCGUGUCGUGCUAGAUCAGGCUAUUCCGAAAUUUCGCAAAUCUCCGAAAAUAUAUUCAACGACGACGUUUUCGCGUUACCCAAUCUCCAAGAUACCCUGAUCACUUCCCAUGGUUUCCGUUUAUGAGGUAAUUUCACUUUCAGGCCCUCUCGUCUCUAUUCCCCCUUUCUCUUUUUUCCUCCCACCGGAGAGUUCCACGACGAGUGAUUUAUCCGACGUCCGAGACGAUCUGAUUUUCCCGCCUUCUGUCUAUCCAGUGACCCCUAAUUAGACGAGUCGCUGCAUUUUAAACGAGCAAGGGGAAUCUCCGAAAUUACAGCCAACCAAUAUUUCCGCGAAUAAAUGAAUGGCCGAUGCCCAAACGGGUCAACGUCUUUUAUGCGAGAGGUUGUAAUUAUGAACGAACGUUCCGCUCCUGUAAAUUACUUGACUAUAUUGGAUGCAUGAGCCAGCUAUAUUGUUUCCAUUGUUGAUUAUGCCUGGAUAAUCUUGUUAUUAUAACAAUAACAUGGUAACCACGGUUGUUAUACAAUUCAGUACAUCCUCUCGGUGUUUGAAUAAGUAAUAAUUAAUAUUAAUAAUACUCGGUAAUGUUAUAUACGUUCUAUUAUUAUAAAUUAUAGGAACAAAGAAGAAGGAAGAUACUGUAAGAAAGUGUGAAGCUUUCCAAGUAUUCUGAAGGGUCGUUCGUUUCCUCUUACACACUGUGUGAAGAGAAAGCGACAAAUACUUGAGGGUGCCAUAAAUUAGGUACUCCUCGGCUCUGCGUCGCGUCGUGGACCGAGGAGAUCGACUGUUUUGCGGCUACGAACAGGACUUGUUCGGAUGUUUUACGUUAAUCGCACACAUCUUAGGUAACAGAGUUCCUUAUUAUGAAAUGUAUAUAUCGUCUACGAAAUAUACGAAUCUCCUAAAAGAGUACUUCGUAAUAUUUUACAUUUAACCCCCGUUUCCAAUUAUUUUCGAUCUAAUUGUAAUUUUAUAGCGCUGAAAAAUAUCUCAAGUUUGAAUGAAAUAGGAAAAAGUCUCUCAUUUUAAUUCUAUGUUAUAAACGUUUUCUUAAAAUAUAAGAAGUUUCUUUUGUUUGCUGAAAUGAGAAUAAGAUUGAAAUCUAUGAAUCUAUAAUUUUAACACAGUUAUAAUUAUAAUUAGCUUUACGAUAUAUACGAAGAUGGUGAUGUUGAUUUUAUAUUUUGCUGAUAUUCAUCCCGAAGCGAAAGGAAAGGAGUAAAAGGAGUCGACGAAUUAUUUUUACGCAACUUCAAAAUCUUGUUAUUCGCUACAUUGAAAUGAACCGAUCUAUACGACGAUCGAGAAGCUGGAAAAAAUUCACGGCAAAGACAAACCGGAAUCGCGUAACAAGAGACAACGAACCAAAUCUGCUAACUGGAACUUCAAACAAAUGUAGUCAGCGCGAGGCGUAUUCGCAGCGUGGCGAAGCAAUAGUCGGGCGACGCGUACGCAGGUCGACGUAACCGUGAAGGAUGUUGCUGGGUUUUCUGAGAAACUUGCUCUUCCUGUUCCUCCUGGGAGAGGUCUGAGAGCUCGUCCACCACCGUGAAACGCUGAUUUCAGCCCGUGAUUCGAAGAAAUGAGGGCCCCGUGGCUGGUGCUGAUUCUCGCUAGGAUCCUCGAGCUGGUCCUCGGGGACCACGUGUGUCACCGUAAUCACACUGACAUCAGCAUCCCCGAUCAAAGAUCAUCGGAGAUUCUGUCCAGACGAAGGCGACUCACUUUUCCAAUGGGCAGCACAUUUGUGCUGACGUUGUCCAUAUUGCAACCGAUUCAAAUUAAACUACCCAGCAACUGGAAUCUCGAUUUCGAGUUCGAUGUAAUUUGGCCGAUACCGCAGCAAGAGAAUUUCCGGAAAAAAUAUCACAAGAAGAGGCCGUGGAUGGUGAAACGACGUCAUCGUCGCGAAUUGUACGCUACGUUUGAGACAGCGUUGAACAGUCGGAACCUACCAGGAAAACAGUGCAUUCUCAGGACGAUCUGCGAGGCAAAAACGCUGUUGAGUCCACGAGGAGUGUCAUUUGUGGAAGACGUUAUUCGAUUGAUAUUAAGCAACGCUGAACGUGUGAAGGAAGUGGAUUCCUACGACGUUGCUUACAGAACAAAGAUGCCAUGUGAUGUUAUUUAUCCUUGUCCAUUUUCUCUCUUGAAGCUGUUACUCUUUAACUUGUACUCCGACGAUCUAGGUUAAUAAUAAACUUUUUUUACUCGACAAAUUUUCCUAAAUUAAAGACACCUUCCAAAUCCAACGAUUCAUCAGGUUUCAGCUGAAAACCAACGCACGAUACCAUUUUGCUCGCGUCUCAAUACGAAUAUAUUAAAUUUAACUCAAUCGCAAGAAGUUCGAAUUAUCGUUCUU